AUUAUUCUGAAACAAAAAACUCUACUACAAUCCUGACUGUAACUAACCCUACGCCAUCUGAGAUAAUAUCACCGGAGCGAUUGUCGCAGGAGCAAAUGUCUUGUCACCGUUUAGGUUCCCCUCUUCCCGUUCAGCGUUUUCUUUGUCGAGGAUGUCAAUGGCACUGAACCCCAGGGCACGCAAAUAAUUAUAUUUGUGAAUCAUAACUGAUUGUUCACUGACCCGCAACAAUAAAUAAAUGGAAUUGUAGUUCUGUAGUGAAAUCGUUUCCGCGGCACCACGAGUGCAAAAAAGUGAAUAGACAGUCGUACAGUGCCGAUGACAUUGUAUACAGCAGUGUACUAAUAGUUCUCCUGGCUGUAUGCAAUCUGCAUCGUUCUCUCCACAGCUUCAGGUUCAAGCAUGAGAUCACGAGACAACCAAAAUCGUUGAAUUCACCGCGAUGAUGAACAUUUUCAGAAUUAUUGCAUCUUUUUUUUGCAUGAUAAAAUUGUAUCACAACUUUGAUUCCGCCAAUCACUGUCAGGAUUACAACCGUCAUGGUAUUCUUCUGGUUGGAGUAUGUUUUCACAUGGUGGGCGGUGCUUCUUUGCUUGGGAGUCUGGUGUUAUGUUAACCGACAUCGGAGAGAGGUGUUUUAUGUCAAAUAUUUCUUUUACGUCUUAAGCUAUGGCGUUAUAUCUUCCAUCACAAUGCCAAUGAUGCUUCUAAAUCCAGGAAACCCAAAUAAUAUUAGAAUCAGUGGAUUCUUCUCGAGAUGGUUGCAAGCACCAUUUGCAGGGAUUCGAACCACUGUCCUACAGGAAAGGAACUAUCCAACUGACCAAUCGUUUAUUGUGGUAUGCAACCAUCAAAGCGUCUUCGAUUCUCUUGCCAUGAUGGAAGCCUUUCCCGACAAUUGCGCUGUGAUACUCAAGAAGAAUCACGUGCUGCACUGGAGCCCAUUCGGCUUGGCAGCAUUUCUCACUGGCGCCAUUUUUGUCGACAAGGGCAACAAGAACAGAAUGGAGGCCCUGCAAAAAGUGGUUGAUACCAUUCACAAGAAGAAGUGUCGUGUUUGGUUCUUCCCUGAAGGCACCAGAAAGAUAUCAGGCAAGGUAUCAACAGAAGAACCCAUGCUGCCAUUCAAAAAGGGGGCGUUCAACAUUGCUAUACUUGCACAGAUUCCAGUAGUGCCUGUUGUAUUUUCAUCUCAAGAAAAAUUCUUUAGCUACAGAGAUAAAAUAUCAAAACCAGGGAGGAUCACAGUCAGCAUCUUACCCCCGAUCCCAACCAACAAUCUCACUUGGGAAGACGUUCCUCAACUCACUGACAAAGUUAGGGCAACUAUGAUUGAAGAAUUCAAAAGAAUUUCAGAAUGAAAUAUCCAUACCUCUUCCAACAGAAAGUCUCAGGGAAAUAUAUGCCAAUGUAUCCAACUGUCCACAGGCGCUUUCGUGUUAUUUUAUGAUUUAAAAUUGAAAUCAUAUCCAAAAGUAUGAAUUGAAAAUGUUUGCGUAUUCUUAUUCAUUCUGUUAUAUGGUAUUGGUGUCAAUAGAACCGCGGAAGUUCAAAUAAAUGGAGGAUUUACACUAUAAGAAAAAUGCUGCAAACAUUUUAGGUCACAUAUUACAUAAAUGAUGCUGAGAUAAUAUAAAAGCAUGGAGAUUUACAUACAAUAUUAUUUGCAUGUAGUGUAUGUACCAUAAGUGUCAAAUCUGCCAAACUUGGCCCAUUGAGAUACAUUGUAAUACGCAAAGAGAUGUGUAUAAAUACUUACAGGUACGUGUAUUGACAAAAAAAAUAGUUGUUUCCACACAAUGAUUAAGCACUUGAAAUAAGUUUAAAAUUGUGUAGAGUUCACACUCUGAUGCUUGUUAUUGUACAGGCAUGUGAAAUUAUGUAAAUAUUAUUAUCCUAUCACAAUCAGGGGCUGCCGAACGGGGGUGGGGGCUUCACUUUUACAACUGUUCUGCACCCCCCGACAAUGAAAAAAAAUCCUUUUCCAAUAAUUUUUCUUUUAUUAGUGCAGACAACGUAACUUAGAUUGAUCACUAUGGGUUUAUUCCUCGUUCUGAUUUAUUUCUUUUCUGCAUUAAACUAGCAAGAGUCUGG